GAUCAAUCCCGGAGGGGGGGCAGUGAAACACCUCCUCCUCUCUGGCUGCCGCCGUGUCUUUUAUUUUUAGCUCAGAUCGACUUUCCGGAGAUCAGAUUCAGCAGCGGCGGCGCUCUGCAGCAGCUGGGACCGCAGUGAAGAGGCCCGCCGCCCGCAGCGAAGAGGACCGCCGUUUAGCUCCGUUGCGUCCGGGAGGGAGGCGCUCCAACCGGCAGGAUGCUCCACCGGCCGUCCGGAGGGGGAACUCUAACCGCCGAGUGAUGCUGAGAGGAAGGAAGCAGAUCAGAACCGACAGUCAGCUGCAGACAAGGUGACACAUCCUCGUCUCCGUCGGUUGCCUGUGUCCUGGAGGAGACCCCAGCCUCCUUCCUGUUUCAGUCCAGGAGCUCAGGUUCAGGGAUGCAGCUGCAAAAAGCCGCUGUCUCAAAGAUGAUUGUGCAAAAGGAGUGAAGAAGAGCGGCGGCGGCGGCGGGGCCCUGGACGCUGGCCCCUGGUGCUCACCCGCUUCUGAAACUCCACCGAAGAUCAAGAGAAUAGUGGCAGCAUCUUCUGCACGCCACUUCCUGUUUCUUCAGUUUGAGGAGGACUGUGGGGUUGUUUCAAAACGCCUCUGCCGUUCUCUCACUGACGGCGUCUGAGGGGAGCUCGUGUUUACAGGAAAUUUGACCCACACGCCGUUGCUUCAUGGAGCCAUACCGGAUUUGGCGAAAGGCUUCUGUCGCGGUGAGAGACGGUCAGACUGAGCUCCGGAGGCGCCGUUGGGUCAUGGUCGAUUGAAAACGAAAACUCUGGAGACCUGGACAUUCACCGCUCAGAAGAUGACGGCGUCCUCUCCUGCCAGACUGGCGGGUUACACUCUGGCACAGGCCAUCACCGUCCCAACGCUGACUGUCCUGCCGCCGUCCUCAGACACCGAGUCCUGGUCCCGCUCCCCCAGCCCCAGACUGUCCCGGCUUAGCCGGUCUCACCGGAGCAGGACCCGCACGAGGAAAUGGGGCGUAGGGCCGGCGGGGUCUGCAGAGAGCGGCGCUGCUCAGCUGCGAGCCCCCUCCCCUUCUGCAGCUGCUGGGAUGGAGGUCACGGGGCAAGGUCAGGACAGCCCGUCACAUGACCUGCUGCUGCCGCCGUCGCGCCCCGGAUCACGCAGCCCUUCGCCCAGCCGGCAGUCCCGUUGGUCCCUGCGGAGCCUGCUGAGCAGAGACUCGGACUGGGACGUCAGCAGCACGGCCAGUAACUCCCCACGCAGCACCCCCGGGAGCUCCCCCUCCCUGCGGCGCCGGGUCCUGGGCGGGGGCAAGGCCAGCGAGAGCGAAGGAGGAGAGAAGAGCAGCGGAGGAGGGGGGGUCUCCGACGGCGCGCUCCCCUCCGUACCCUCAUCGUCCUCCCUCUCGUCCGCCUACCCAAUCGCCUCUCGCCACUUCAGUCGCAAUGCCAAGAAAAUGCAGAGCUGGUACAACGUUCUCAGCCCCACCUACAAACAGAGAAACGAGGAUUUCCGCAAAAUAUUCAAGAAGCUCCCCGACACCGAGCGGCUCAUCGUGGACUACUCCUGCGCUCUGCAGAAGGACAUCCUGCUCCAGGGGCGUCUGUACCUGUCUGAGAGCUGGCUCUGCUUCUACAGCAACAUCUUCCGCUGGGAAACCACUAUCACCAUCCAGCUGAAAGACGUGACGUGCAUGACCAAGGAGAAGACCGCCAAGCUCAUUCCCAACGCCAUCCAAAUCAGCACCGAGAGCGAGAAGCACUUCUUCACCUCGUUCGGAGCGAGGGAUCGCAGCUUCAUGAUGAUCUUCCGUCUGUGGCAGAAUGCGCUGAUGGAUAAGGCUCUGUCCCCCAAAGAGCUGUGGCACAUCGUGCACCAGUGUUACGGCACCGAGCUGGGCCUCACCAGCGAGGACGACGACUACGUCUCCCCCACCUCGGAGCACAUGAACGGACUGCUGCCCGGAGACGAGGGGGUGUCGGUGACGGACCUCCUGGACCUGAGCUGCGGCUCGGUUCCUUCUUCGGGCAGCUCCCCCCCGCCCCUGGUGCCCUGCACCCACUCUGUUUCCCCCUCAGCUUCCAGCCUCAGUGGGACCUCCCCCCCUCCCUGUCUGCCCAUCGAGGUGCCCACCCCCUCGGGAUGCCGCCUGAGCUGUGAACCCCCGGAACCCAGCCCCCCCAGCUUCCACGGCUCGGCGCCGUCCAUCGCUCUCACCUCCGCCUCCGCCUCCUCCUUCACUCUGGAGGAAGGAGGAGACAGCCUGUCAGAGUCGGCCAAUCACAUGCCGGCUCCGCCCACUGCCAGCCUGGGGAACCUGUCCUCGCUGGACAUCACCAACGACGAGGAGCUGCCCACCGACCCCAGCAACUCCUCGGACACGCAGGACGACGCUUCAGGUGAGGUGGAGUCGUUCUGUUCGGACCUGAGCGGCCGGCUCAACAUCAACGCCGUGGUCCGCAUGAGCGUGGACAAGCUGCACGACCUGCUCUUCUCGGCGGACACCCACUUCCUGCAGCACCUCUUCUCUCAGCGCCACUUCACAGACCUGUCGGUGGGCGAGUGGCGGACAGACGGCAGCAGCGGGAUCAGCAGCAGAGUCUUGAGUUACACCAUCGCCCUCAACAACCCGCUGGGCCCUAAAACGGCCCCGGUGGUGGAAACGCAGACGCUGCACAAGAGCUGCUCCCGCGGCGAGUGCUACGUGGUGGACUCGGAGGUCAUCACCUCGGGCAUCCCGUACCAGGACUACUUCUACACGCUCCACAGAUACUGCCUGACCGCCGUCAACAAACACAAGAGCCGCCUCAGAGUCUCCUCGGAGAUCUGCUACCGGAAGCAGCCGUGGAGCCUGGUGAAGGCUCUGAUCGAGAAGAACACCUGGAGCGGCAUCGAGGAGUACUACAGACACAUGGAGAGCGAGGUCUGCAAGCUGGAAACUCUGCUGCAGUCUGAGGUUUCCGUGGUGACCGCCGGAGACGCGGUGGGCGCAGACGCCGCCAAAACUCCGCCUUCUCUGCGCCGCAGGAAGCGCACGUCCCGGCGUCCGGGGGACAGGGAUACGGGCGGCGGGGGCCCCGGGGACCGGGGGGACAGAGGGGUCGGAGAGGAAAGGGACCACAGAGAAACGGGCGGCGUGUUCACAAAGCUGGGAGAGCGCGGCGCCGGAGGACAAAGCAGCAUCUCCACCAUCCUCCUCAUCGUCAGCUUCAUGAUCUGUGUCAGUCUGCUGGUGCUGGUCGCUCUCAACAUGCUGCUCUUCUAUAAGCUGUACUCCCUGGAGCGGGCCGCUCACACGCUGGAGAGGUGGCACUCCUACUCUGUGACGGACAGCCCCCUGCCGCAGACGGCGGGUGAGUGGGCUCAGGUGCUGCACCUGCAGAGGCAGUUCCACCAGGCGCAGCUCAGCAAGUGGCAGCAGAUCCUGCAGUCGUCCGUCACGCUGCUCGACCAGAUGAAACAGUCCCUGGAAAAACUCCAUCGCAACAUCGUGAUCCCAGAGGCACAGCAGGACCCCACAGGUGACCCCCCCACAGAGUCCCUGACUGAAGCCUGACUACCCCCCCCCCCCAGUGCCACUGGGUUAUGACCUUCGUAGUCUGGUGGACCAGGAGUCCAGAUGCAGCUACCCAUAUUACCCACAAUCCUCCUGACUGACUUGAAAAGAACUUGGAAGCUCUCAGAACCUCAGCAAUAAUCCAGCUGCAGGGCCACGCCCCCCCCAAGGGGGGGGGGGGGUGACUGGCCACGCCUUCCACCAAUCACUUCCCUGGAAACACUCCAACCUCCUCAGGCCUGCUGCUUUUCAUGGUGAUGGGGACUCUGGGGCGAGAGGGGGGUUAAUCCUCUGACCUGAACAAACCCCCUCCCACCUCCAGGUGACUGACAUUUCCGGACCGUCUCAGUAUUUGAGAGACUGAGUCUCUGACGCCUCUGAAGCUCCUGAAGCCUCUGAAGCUCCUGAAGCCUCUGAAGCUCCACGCUGCACUCGGCUGGGACCAACAGGAGCUGCAGUGAAGAACAUCUGACUGAAUGUUCACAGAGUUUAAAUAUUAAUAUUAUUGCGAGGAAAAUACUGCUGUGUGUGCAAGUGUGUGUGUGUGUGUGUGUGUGUGUGUGUCUGCAGGUAGAGACAAACAAGCAGAGACCAACGUAGAACUGUCUGUCUGUGUGUCACGUCGGCGUUUGUGCGGCGCCGUCUCGGUUCUGCUCUGAUGGGUUGGACUCGGAACAGAAGCAGAACUGGUGAAGAAAAAGGGAACUGGCGGCGCCGCAUUGUUUGGUUUUUGUGGCUCCUCCCACUUGGCGGCGAGGCCCUCCUGGUGGGUCGUCUCCUCUCUGCCUCCUGGAGUGUUUGUGCUGCAGAAGCCGGGGGCCCUGCUGUGCGCGGCCCCCGCGGACGACUGGAGAGCGUGGUAUUUAUUGGGAGCAGAGAUGAGGACGUGCUGUAAAUGUGAUUGUAGAUGAACCAGAACCAGAACCGGAGCUGCUCCUCCCUUUAGAAAUGGAAGCUGGUCCUGAACUUCCAAGGAGCUUCUCCUGAAGCGGUCAGCGUGUUUCAGAAGGGUCGACUUCUUUGGAUAAUCAGCUGCACUCAUCUGUGAUGGUCAAAGUAUGGUGGCCCAAAGGGCCAAAACACGUGAAGAGUAAGAAAUGAUGAAAAAAGUCCAACACAGCAGCAUCAAUGUUUCCAGUUUUAGAAGAGAAAACAAUAAAAUCCAAUUUUCACUGAAUGAAA